GAGCAAGCGUGGUACGAAAAUUUCCGCAUGACCAAAGACUCCCUUUAUGCCCUGACUGACCUACUUCGUCCUCACAUCGAGGGUCAAUCGACUAAUAUGCGACAGCCAGUGCUGCCUCUGAAGAAGGUGGCAUGUACACUGUACUAUCUUAGCGAUGAGGGGCGCCUCCGCAAAACAGCAAAUUCAUUUGGUCUGGGGAGAUCUACGGUGUCGAGGAUCGUACGAGACACGUGCCGUGCAAUUACGGUUCAUCUCGGACCCAAAUAUAUAAAGCUGCCAUUCACUGUCCCGGAUACUGAGGAGCUAGUGGCUGGGUUCCUAGAAGACCAUGGGAUGCCCCAGUGUCUAGGAGCAGUAGACGGGACACACAUCGAUAUCAAACAGCCGCCUGUGAACGCCACUGACUACAUAAACAGGAAGAGAAGAUACUCGCUGAACGUCCAAGCUGUAUGUGACCAUAAGUACAGAUUCAUGGAUGUGGUGGUGAAAUGGCCAGGUAGUGUGCAUGAUGCCCGGAUGUUCGCCAACUCGAAAGUCAACAGUUUUUUGAAGACUGGGAAGAUUCCCUCACUGGAGAAGCAGAUAGUGGAGGAUGAGGAAGCCAUCCCCAUCUUCCUGUUGGGAGACCCGGCCUAUCCCCUCCUGCCAUACCUGAUGAAGGAAUAUGCAAAUGGAGGCGCAACCCCUUCUGAGCAGUACUUUGGCCUCUCCCUAUGCAAGGCUCGUAUGGUCAUAGAGUGUGCAUUCGGUCGCCUCAAGGCCAGGUUCGCCUGCCUGAAGCGACAAAUGGACAUAAAUCUCAGUGACCUGCCUACUGUGAUUUAUGCCUGUUUUGUCCUCAACAACUACUGUGAGGCUUGCCACGAGACCGUGAAUCACCAUGCACAAGAGGAAGCCGUGCAAAUGGAUCGGGACCAGCAACCUCCCACACAGAGGAACAAUUAUACCACAGACUGCAACGAGGCAGGUGGAAAGCGGGUGAGGAGAGUCCUCACCAAGUAUCUGGACCCAUAAUAUGUUCUUUUAAAAUCAGCUUGUUUGCCAGUAAAACAGUUACUGGUGACACCUGUGUUUAUGUUUAUGCACAUUAUUUUUUUGGUGUUGAUAUUGUUUUGUGAUCAGUCUACCAGAACUUGUGAUGUGUUGUGUUCAUGACUUUAUGUACUCGUUCUCAGUAAUUACAACAGGUAAUGAAUAAAACCCUUUUUUG